CCCCUGCAGGAGGCGCUCUGCCGGCGGCUGCCCGCGUCGCCGGCGCAAGCGGCGGUGGACAGCGCGGAGGACUUCCUGACGAGGGCGGUCCCUGAUGCGCCGCCAGACCUCGAGAGCGCCGCUGCGUCUCUCCGCGACGCAGGGUUCGCCGUGGGCUGGCAGGUGGCCCACGCGCCCAUGGAGGUCGCAAAGACCAUCUUGUCGCCGACCGACUUUCCCAGAGAGCUGACCCUGGUGGCGCUCGCUCAGCAGCGCCACCGCGCCGCGGACCGCGUGUCCAGCGUGGGCGCGAUGACCCGGGCCCUCGCGCAGGUGCGACGGGGAGUUCGACGCUAUUCGUGCCCGGGGAUGCGCGGGGCCCCCAACGUCGACCACGGCCACAUGAAGGACCACGAGGCAAUGAAGCCAGUCGUCCGGGCGGCCAGGAGGGCGGCGCCGUCGGGCCCGGACAAGAGCCGGCACUUCUUGCGUCGUGGGCCUCUCGAGAAGUGGGCGCCGCAGUGGCUGGGGGCCGCGCCCUCCGCGGGGGGCAUGACGCACGCCCAGUGG